AUGAGCGCGAGAGAAGUUGCUGCGCUAGCAGAUGUGGCAGCAGCAGCUGCUGCUGCUGCUGCGGGGGCGCCGCCACCGGCGGGGUCACCGCUUUACGUGUCAGGGGCAACGGCGCUUGAGCAGCAGCAGCAGCAGCAGCAGCAGCAGCAGCAGCAAGCAGCAGCAGAGGAGACGCCGCAGAGCUGCCGCCGGGCGGAAGUAGAGGAGCCCGACGAAGUCGCCUCUGCUGCUGCUGCUGCAGCAGCUGCUGCUGCUGCUGCUGCUGGGCACACAGACGACGAGUCUUCGGCACCUCAGCCUUGGGCCCCCCAGGGGCCCCGACCGCUUCAGAACCUCAAACAGGGGCCCCCCCCGCCAGCAGCAGCAGCAGCAGCAGCAGCAGAGGCAGCAGCUGCAGCAACUGCAGCACCAGGUGCUCCAGCGUCCCCCGAUGUGGAUACGCCCCUGGAGCUGCUGCCAGCAACAGCAGCAACAGCAGCAGCAGCAGAAGAAGAAGAACUGCCGCCUGCGUCACCAGCUGCAGCAGCACGUGCUGCAGACAGCUCCCUCUCUGCAGUGGCCGCAGCAGCGCCCGCAGUGCCAGCAGCAGUGCCAGCAGCAGCAGCAGCUGCUGCCGCCAGAUCAGCAACGGCGCAGCCACUGAAGCCAAAUGAAGACAGGACCAAAAAAACACGCAGAAGAAGCAAGCCGCAGCAGCAGCAGCAGCAGCAGGAGCAGCAGCCGCAGGAACAGCCGCAGCAGCCGCCAAAGAAGCAGCAGCAGCAGAACGAAACGAGUCAGAAAAAGCAGCAGCAGCAGCAACAAGAACAGCCGGAAAAGCAGCAGGAGAAGCAGGAGCGUGAAGAGCAGCAGAAGCAAAAGCGCCAAGAGGAGCAGCAGCAGGAAAAGCAGGAGCAGCAGCAGCAACAGCGGCAAGAGGAACAACAGCAGGAGCAGCAGGAGCAGCAAGAGAGGCAGCAGCAGCAAGAGCCUCCCCAGGAACAGCAGCAGCAGCGACAGCCGCCACAGGAACAGCAGCAGCAACAGCCGCAGCAGCAGCAGCAGCAAGAGGGAAAAAACAGCAGCAGCUCCCAGAAAAACAAUCUCCCUCGCCUGCUUCUCCGGAAAGAGAUUUAG